AUGAAGCUCGCAAAGGCUCUCUCUCUCCUUACAGGGGCGGCGCUCUGCAAUGCCCAUUUCACGAUGCAGUACAUCUGGAACAAUGGCCUAGACGAAGGUCAGAAUACAGCCAUUCGUGUCCCGCCAAACAACAAUCCCGUCACCGACGUGACGAGCACGGAUCUUACUUGCAAUGUCAAUGGCCUCUCCGGUACGGGUAUCUCAACCGUGUCCAUCCCGGCAGGAUCGAAUAUAACGUUCGAGUGGCACCAACAUGCCCAACGGACCGGUGAGGACGCGAUCUCCGGGGGCCAUAAAGGUCCAGUUCUUGUCUAUAUCGCCAAGGCUCCAUCCUCGGCGGCUUCGUUUGAUGGCCAGGGAGCCGUCUGGACCAAAAUAUACCAGUCCGGUCUACUCGACGCCUCGACCCAGCAAUGGGCGACGGAUGUUGUGAAUGCGAAUGGCGGCAAGCACAGCGUCGUAAUCCCAGCGUCCCUUCCGGCUGGAGAGUACCUCCUACGCGCCGAAAUUAUCGCACUACACGUAGCACAAUCGUAUCCGGGCGCGCAAUUCUACAUCGGAUGCGCUCAGGUCAAGAUCACCUCCGGCGGCACCGCUUCUCCUCCUACGGUCGCCCUUCCCGGAGCCUACAAACCCACUGACCCUGGUAUCACGGUUAACAUUUACAACAACCUGCAGUCGUACACAUUCCCCGGCCCCGCAGUUUGGUCUGGAUGA